UGACGUCAGACGUGUGAACAACAAACAGUUGUUGGACUUCAACAAGCUAGCGAAUGGCAACGCAAGACAAAAACAGGUUCAACGUACUUGUCCCGGACAGAGAGAAAUCUACAAGCCGGAGCGGUCGGAACAUCUUCAUAAUAUCAUCAUAAACAGCACUGUUCGUACCGGCAGGUGUAGCUUCGGCACGGUUGCCUAGCGCUAACGUUAGCCACCGAAACAUGCUCAAUGCUCGGACUGUGACGCCUGUUUUUUUCCUGGCUGCCGCUGGUCGAGGGUUGUGAUGCGAGCAGCCGAGUUGCAGCACGACAGAGGGUGAGACAAGAGCCGGAAAAAUAAUUUUCUUGACACUGAAGAAUGGUGGAGAAACAGACGGGCUCACGUAAAGAAGCGGGCAUGCGACCGUACCCGGGCCUGGACGUCAUCGUUAGGCAACAACUUUAGCAAGCUAGCUAAUAUUAGCUCGCCUCAAAUCCAUGCAAAUGAAUUGGUUUGGUGUCAGGCAGUAAGCUCCCUCUGCUAGCGUAAUGGAGGCACCCUGACAGACUUGUUCAUUUCAUUUGACUGUCCUGGUCUUCUUAAAUACUGCUGGCAAUGUGCUGACGAACAGUGAGCGUUUCGUCGGUUUCCACUUGGAGCAACAAGACAGAAAUUAUCAAGUGUGGUGGUUGCCUGCCUGGUUGAUGAUAGUUGUGCAAAGUUGUCUUGUUUGGCAUAUAAAUAAUUGCUGAGUCGAUAUAUCUAUUUCACAUAUGCAUCACAUAUUUCUUAAAUUGACAUUUGUGUUAAAUUGCACUUUAAUUAUCUAAAUUUAAGGAUACACCAAAGUCACCUAAGGUUUGUGAAAACUAUUAUUAAAAGAACAUCAAACUAGUUAGAAAAUAUCGUUAAUUUCCUGAUUGCACUUGAAUAUAAUUUGGUCCAUCAAGGAAAGGGAUAGGUGCACGUUUGCGUAUAUUGUUCAGAGACAACGACCAGAGACAGUCUUGUUCAUGUCAGUGGGUUACUAGUUACUUUUUAACCCAGUAUCCAGGCUAUCUGGCACUGUGAAAGACUGAAUUUCACUUGAAAUGAAAACAUGAAUAUCGAAGAGCAGUGUCUAGAUUUGUGCAACGUCAAGACAAAAAGCAAUGUGGAUGAUGAUCACAACACUACCAACAACACUGAAAGGGUCACCCCCCGGAUCUCGGAACUGAUGACGGACAGUACCACAGAAAUAAAAAACAUUGUUCCAACAGGGGCCCCAGAAACAUACCUGAUGCCUCAGCUCACUGACAACCUUCAGGCAGCUGAGGAGGACAAUCACCAGGCACAAGACACACUGGAAAUUGAUGAAGUCAAUGGAAAUACAAAGGGUAGUGCUCAAGACAUCCCCGCUGUUGUGAAUCCUACUGACUUGAUAUUUUCUAAUGAUGAGCAGCACAAGGACAAUAUUGGGGUGGAGAAAAUGAAGGAGGAAAAAGACACUGAUCUUGCAACGUUUGUUGUUGAAGAAGGGGAUGAUGGUGGGGACAUGGACAUAGGUGUGGAUCUGAGUCUUGAUGAGAGCGGGGUGUUGGAGGCGGAAUCAACAAAUGUCCAAUCUCUUUCAGACAAUAUUUUAGACUCAGAGUCCACAUCUCAGGAUGUCCCAGCUACUAGCACCGCAGAGAGCCUGUCAGAUGCAGGCCAGGCAGGCAGCACAGAAGCUUGCAACACGGGCCAGGCUGGACUGUACCCUUCAGUGGAGGAGGGGGACGAUAAACACAAACCAAGUGGCAAAAGGGUGACUUUUCCGUCAGAUGAGGAUAUUAUAUCUGGAGCAGUGGAGCCUAAGGACCCCUGGAGGCAUGCUCAGAAUGUGACGGUGGAGGAGAUCCUCUCUUCCUACAAACAGGCCUGUCAGAAACUCAACUGUAAACCCAUACCCAAAGUGCUCAAACAGAUACAGGAACUGAAAGACCUGACUCAGCGCAAUGAAUGCUUAGAUCUAAAAGGUGAGAAGCUGGACUACAAAGCAUGUGAGUCUCUGGAGGAGAUUUUGAAGAGGAUCCAGUUUAAAGUGAUAGACCUGGAGCAGACCAACCUGGAUGAAGAUGGUGCGUCAGCUCUGUUUGACAUGAUCGAGUACUACGAGUCUGCCACACAUCUCAACAUCUCCUUCAACAAGCACAUCGGCACACGGGGAUGGCAGGCCGCAGCUCAUAUGAUGAGAAAGACGAGCUCCCUGCAGUACCUGGAUGCACGCAACACUCCUCUGCUGGACCACUCGGCUCCCUUUGUAGCACGAGCACUGAGAAUCAGCGGCAGCCUGGCAGUCCUCCACCUGGAGAACGCUGGUCUGUCGGGCAGACCGCUCAUGUUACUGGCCACAGCUCUGAAGAUGAACAUGAACCUGCGGGAGUUGUACCUGGCAGACAACAAGCUCAACGGCCUGCAGGACUCGGCUCAACUUGGCAACCUGCUCAAGUUCAACUACAACAUUCAGAUCCUGGACCUGCGUAACAACCACAUCCUGGACUCUGGUCUGGCCUACGUGUGUGAAGGGCUAAAAGAGCAGAGGAAAGGCCUCGUCACCUUGGUGCUAUGGAACAACCAGCUCACACACAAUGGCAUGGGCUACCUCGCUGCGGCACUGCCAUGCACCCAGAGUCUGGAGACUCUGAACCUCGGCCAUAACUCCGUGGGUAACGAAGGGGUGCACAAGCUGAAAGACGGCCUGAUUGGCAACCGCUCUGUGCUCAGGCUGGGCCUCGCCUCCACCAAACUGUCCUGCGAAGGAGCCGUGGCUGUGGCUGAAUUCAUCGCUGAGAGUCCCAGACUGCUGCGCCUGGACCUUCGAGAGAAUGAAAUAAAGACGGGCGGACUGAUGGCCCUGUCGCUCGCUCUCAAAGUCAACACCUCGCUGCUGCGGCUCGACCUGGACCGGGAGCCCAAGAAAGAAACUGUAAAGAGCUUCAUUGAGACCCAGCGCGCCCUGCUGGCUGAGAUUCAGAACGGCUGUAAGAGGAACUUCAUCCUUGCCAAGGAGAAGGAGGAAACAGAGCAGAUGAUGAGGCAGUCGGCAUCCAUGGCUGAAAUCGCCACGGAGGAUGGGACCAGAGAAGAAGAAGAGGAAGAACCAGCAGCACAGGAGACAGGGGACGCAAAGGGGAAAGAGGGAGAGGAAAAAGGUGAAGCAACAGGAAAUGAAGGACAGACAGUCAGCCAGCCAGGAGAGGGCACCGAGACGAGCAUUCCUCAAAUGAUCCUGGACUCGGACUCGGACACUGAUGAUGAGGACGGAGAGGAGGUGGUAACAAAGUCCUCUUCCACAUCAAACUCCUCCACUCGCUUUAGCCAGACUUCUGCUCAAACCCAGACACAGCCCCUCCGCAGUGCCUCAGCUACAUCCUUACCCCCAUCUGCCUCACCUGCCCCUGGGCCCAAUGUUAUUUCAGGCAUCACCAUCACAGAGGCAACAGUUCCCCCCGGGACCCCUCCUUCUCCUGGUCGCUGUAUAUCCGUCUCUAGUCCAGGGAGGGGUCACAAGAUUUUUAUGGUAACUCGGGUGGAGAGCCCCCCUGAGCAGCAGCAGCAGCAGUUUCAGUUGCUACAACUUCCGACGAGCACACCUGCAGCCCCCCGCCAGCCGAAAGAGGCCUCAGAGAAGCCUGUAGACGUGAACACACCCUCAACACAGCAGACACCUCCUUUAUCCCAAACACAACUGACACAGGAGGAGGGGACAGAGAGCUCAGCCGCUCCUUCCACAUACUGUGCACCAACAGAGGAGAGGCCUGUAGCACUAAAAACUGAGAUAGAGCCAGAGUCUACAAGCCCCCCCACAGAGGAAGUGACAGCUAGCACUUUAGAUCCAGAGGAGACAGACCCAAGUCAACCAGCACCAGCCCUGCCUUCAGACUCCUCAUCAGUGCAGGAAGCAGCGUCUCGGCCCACUGAGGAGGAGACAGAGGGCAUCAAAGACUCCAAACAUGAGGCCACUUGUGAAGAAGGAAAAGAGGAAGGAGAAGAGGUGAAGGAACAGGAGGAGGAAGGCCGUUUAGAGGCAGAAGUCAGCACAGAGUGUAAACUGUUAGAGGAACUGAGUCAAACUCAGACUACUAUCGCUGCGGUUCAAACUGAGGAGCAGCAGCCGGCUCUGGGAGAGCUACAGAAUGAGCUAGAGUCUGUCACAGAGGAGCGCCAGACGUCGAACCAAACAGAAGAAAAGGAGACACUUCCACUACAGGAAGAACAGGAAGCACCAACCAACUUUUCAGAAAAUGAAAAACCCAGUUUACCAGAGAAAGAGGUCAGCCAACCAACCCAAGAGGAACCCUGUCUAGAGCAGGAAACUGAGGCUGAUGAACAGGAAGCAGAGCCUGUCCUCUCUGUCCAGACUGAGGAAGCGUCUGUCACUCAGGGAGCAGCUCAGGAGUUAAACCCUGGAGCAGGAGACGCCUCGAACAGUACCGAACCUGCCGCAACCGAGUAUGUCUCUCCAGUCCCAGACGAAGAUUCACUCGAGGAGAGCUCUGAGGACGAGGACGAGUGUUUCGCCGAAGCUCCAGAGGAACAGAUUAUCGGUUCAGCUCUACCCAACGGCCUGAAACCGGAGUUCUCCCUCCAUCUUCUCGACUCUGAAAGCCCAAAACCCGGCAGCUGUGUGAUGGAGCAUGUGAGUGUCAGUUGCGGACAAGAGCUGGAGGAGCUGCUGCUGGAAGCCAGUUUGGAGACGGGGAGAGAUGCACCAUGAGGUCGUGAGGGACGGUAAGACAAAACAGCCCUCAGAUAGUUUGUCUGGCUCUACCACGUGACCUGCAUUGCCCUACAAUGUUUCCGUCAUUCCUUUGACUUUACCACCGACACGACCUUUCCAUAAAGGCCAGAAGAACCGGUGUUACAGUCGAAGCUCUACACAUGAAAUACAAGCAAAUGAUGGAAAGACACUCAAGGACUAAAAUCUAUUGGAGCUUUGCCGUGACAAACAAGGAACCUUUUACAUCCACACUACAUCAACCACUGAAACACACAUACACAUGCACACUAUGAGGAUGAAGGGGGGGGAGAAAUAAAAUCACACUGUCAUCACUACAUUUUGUCAAUCUGCAGUCUUUAAACAUUAUCAGCCGCCUGGACGUGAGGACGAAGAGAGCUGGAGGAUAAAACACUAACCAAAGACAGAACAGACCUUCCUCACAGCCCUCGUCUUGCUCUCUUGUGUAGAUCUCCACUGUAGCCGGUAAUAUAACUAGCAAUUAAAGUUUGUUUUGUUCUCAUAAAACACAAAGAUAUAUAUAUCCGUGAUGAUGAGAGAAGUGGGGUGGAUGGCACAGUCACAAGAAAUAUAACGGACCCUGGUGAGCGGACCUGCUGGCUUUAAGCAUUUGUUUAGAGGUGGAAGUAUGUCGCUGUCAGAGGCUUUUAUAUCUGAGUGGGGGAGGGGGUGUUAACAUGUCUGUUUAAAUGUCAGAGUUUUAUGUCUGUGUCCCCCACUCCCCCUGGCCAUUUCUGCCCCUUCUGUAAAAAAAAUAAGACACUCUUAAGGGACCUCUGCCAAAGUGACCUCCCACCGUCUGUUUUCUCACCCUUUGCUCACUUUGGCCCCUCAGGAAUCAGCGUCCCCCUCAGAUCUGAUGUGGAGGAGCUGUCUCUACACUAACAUAACAAAACAGCCCUUCCUGAAAGUCGCUCAUUUUGCUCCCAGCUGAAAAAACCCAGAACUUCUGCAAAUGUGGGAAAGCGAAAUAUCCCCUUCUAGUCUCACCCCUUCUUCCUCCCGUCCCCCCUCCUUCCUCUGUGAUCUCCCCUCUCCUGCUCAUCAUUCAUGUUGCCUUCAAAUCUCACCACUUCAGAUCCAGUCUUCGUUUCGUUUGGGCUGCUUUGAGAAAUCACUUGUUUUCUAUUUAUUUUACAGCUGUAUGAGCCUUUCCUGAUUUAUCCCCCCCCCCCCCCCCCCCGUUUCUUCUUCACCCCAUCCUCAUUUUAUAAUUUCUUUUCCAUCUCGGGGUUUGCUUUUAAAGAUUAACCCCAUAUUUUUGAUGUAUAUUUCAGAUUCAAACUAGAGCAAAUAUUUAGUUUUGUUUUUUGGGGGGGAGGGUGUAGAAGGGUAAUCUGUGUUGGAAGGAAAGGUAAAUAUGGUUGACUAUGGUAGCAGUCAGUCGGGGUGCAGUAAUGAAAGCGAACACAAGGAAGCAGCAAACUUUAUUUCUCAUCAGAGUAUUGUUGUUGUUGACUCUGCUGGGUGAAGCUGUGGCCAGGAGAGGGCGCUGGCGGUGUUGUUUUCCCUCAGAGGAGACAGAAAUAAAGGACAUCAAGGUCAAACAGCUGAUGUCUCCGCCCAAAUCCAGCAACUGUCGUGAAGCUGCUCUGAUUACCUCCUGAGGCAGACACAGGCAGGUGUUUGUUUGUUUGUUUGUUUGUUCCUUUUCUUCUUAAAAAGGAGCAGCAUUCAACCCCUCCUGCUCCUCUCCACCCAACAGAUAGUCUGCCCCCACUGUUUGUUAUGCUUUAAUUUUUGGAAAUUUUUAAUAAUAAUUUGUUAACUUAAUUGAAAUGUGCUGGUAAUCACAAAGAUAUGUAUGGCAAAUUUGUUCCUCUCAAAUAAAUGCAUGUAAUGACUAAAUUAUAUGACUGAAUGUUUCAAUGUCUGAACUGCAGAAGAAAAAAAAGGGAUCACAUCACUUCUAUAAAACAGUAUUAAUUAUUUAAUACAAGAUUGAAAAUUACUGUCCCCAUCGAAGUAGAAUGGUAUUUUAACUUUUUGUACCAAAACGACAAUUACAUCUGUAUUUCAGUUCAGGGAGUUUUGGUUACAGAUACAACAAUGAUGUUCUGUUAGGGUUGGUCAGGCGAUGGUUUUUUGUGCACUAACAAACGGCCCCUGGUGCUGAAGGAUGAAGAUAUAAAGCAGGACAAAACUAUUAUUAAACUGAAGGUUACAUUGUUAAACAUUUCUCCUUUUGCUUUCCUGUCUUCUGAUAAGGAUCUGUUUUCCUUUUUGAAGAUUGUCAAAGACCGAGAUUCAAUGGGGCUGUAUUUAAGCAAAGUUUAUAGCAGGGAUCUUAUGAAUAGAACAUUUUUAAAAUCCUGCACAUAUCCAUUUAAAUAAUUACCUUGUCUUGAAGAUAUAAGUCGUCCAAGUACUUUUUUUUUUCAUUUAAAAUCCAGGUUUCCGAGUCAAAAUUACGAGUAGCUAUGAUGACAUGAACUUGGCAUCUGGUAAAACCAUGUUUGAUAUGAAAAAUAAACUGUCCCAAGUUCUAAGUCUGUACCUUGAUUGUAAUGUAUGUCUUGUUAUGUAUGUGUUGAAUCAUUUCUGACUAUUUUUAUAUACAAAUCCCUAUCUUUCCUCUGCCUGUAAAACGCAAAGAUAGUAUUGAUGACUCAUCUUGGCUCUGAGCGGUUACAUGCAUUUAUCUACCAAUGUAAUUAGCUCACUAGCAGACAUGUAAAUAAGCUAUUUGUUUUUUCUUCCCACGAUGUUUGUGACGUUGUGUUGAGCAGCAGCACCCCCCCCCCCCCCCCCCCCUUUGUAUCUGAAGUAGGGAUCACAGAAAGGACAAUGAUGUUCUCCUCUACAGCAAAUUGAGACUUCUUGACCCAACACCACAAAGCUGUUUUGUUGUAAUUGUUUUUGCUAAAAUACUGCAUAGCUGACAGGCACAUUUCUCAGUGCCUCUCUAUCCCGACGGCUCAGUCAGAUGAGAAGAAGGAAUGCUGUCUGUAGCGAGUGCAAAGACAGAGAGGUUAAUGAGUCAAAUGUUUGAUAAACUUGAUGAUAACCAGCACUAAACUAAGACUGAUGGGAAUAUUAUUAUCAAGGCACUUCUUCCAAAUGUUGAUAUAUUUUGGUCAAAAGUGGUAAACCAAAAUGACAUUGCCAAAGAGCCACACUGCUAAAACUCUAGAAAUAUUCAAAAAAUGAAAGAUUUACAGAAACACAAAUUAUAUUUCUGCUUUCCAAACUUUUGUUGUUUUGUUCAUAAGUUCCUAUAAACUGUCUUGUAAUAAUUUGGGAUCAUCUUUAUUCUAAAAUGAUUCCAACAACACAUAGAAACACCCUCUCCCACUCACAUCUGCUGUAGUGCACUACUUUCCCCAGUAAUGCUCAGUAAUACAGGAGCCUGUGAGACAGGGAGAAGAUAUUAAAGUGUUAUUUCCCCUUCCAUUCAACAUAAACAGGCAGCCCCAGUGAGUCAAUAUCUGACAUGUAACACAGGGUCUUUUUGUCUUUUAUCUUGAGCAAUGAUUAUUUGUCUGUAUGUGUUGACGUUUAACUUUGCUGCCUUCAUGGCCGGAUUACCAGAGGUCUGAUCCUGUCUGGUUUCAUCUGGUUAAAUAAAGAUUUAUCAUAGUAGCCUAAA